CCUGAGGGCAGCACACAUCCAUACUUGUACGCACGUGUCAUAGGCCUUCUUCAUGUCAACGCAUACCUUGCUGGAGACGACUUGUCUGGCGUGGAAGACACGGAGCCGAGGGCGGUUCAAGUGUUGUGGGUUCGAUGGUUUGAUGUUGACACAAGCGCGCCAGGCAUCAAGUCACGACGCUUGCCACGUCUCAAGUGGGCUAGCACCGACGAUACCCCCUUUGGUUUCAUCUCUCCACGUCAGGUCCUCCGCACCGCGCAGCUUAUUCCAGCCUUCAACCAUGGACAGUCGGACACAGCACUCCCCGGCCCAAGCAUCGCCCGACAAGACGACGAAGACGACAUUGACUGGAUUGACCAUUACGUUGGAAUAUUUGUCGACCGUGACAUGUUUAUGCACUACUGCGGAGACGGCGUGGGUCACCAG